AGCUGAGUUGCCGGGACAGAGGAGAGAGCUGAAGUCCCAGCCUUGCACCUCUCCAUGGGGCCAGCCAAGCCCCUGUGAGAGGAUGGCAGCCUGGGCAACGGAGCCAGCGCGGCGGCUGCCUCCGAGGCGAAGGGCCAGAGAAGCAAGGGACAGGUGAUGGGAAGGGGGGAGGGCGGAUGCUCCGUUUCUCUCUCUGCAGCCCAGCACCGGGUGAAGCCUGAGCGCUCGAAUGGCAAACACCACAGGGCUGAACACCUCAGAAGUCGCAGGCUCAGUGGGGUUGAUCCUGGCGGCCGUCGUGGAGGCAGCAGCCCUGCUGGGCAACGGCGCGUUGCUGGUCGUGGUGCUGCGCACGCCGGGACUGCGCGACGCGCUCUACCUGGUGCACCUGUGCGUCGUGGACCUGCUGGCGGCCGCCUCCAUCAUGCCGCUGGGCCUGCUGGCCGCGCCGCCGCCCGGGCUGGGCCGCGUGCGCCUGGGCCCCGCACCGUGCCGCGCGGCGCGCUUCCUCUCGGCGGCGCUGCUGCCCGCCUGCACGCUCGGGGUGGCGGCGCUGGGCCUGGCGCGCUACCGCCUCAUAGUGCACCCGCUGCGGCCCGGCGCGCGGCCUCCGCCCGGCCUGGUGCUCACCGCUGUGUGGGCCGCCGCGGGGCUGCUGGGCGCGCUCUCCCUGCUCGGGCCGCCGCCCGCGCCGCCCCCGGCCCCCGCGCGCUGCUCUGUCCUAGCGGGCGGCCUCGCGCCCUUCAGGCCGCUCUGGGCGCUGCUGGCCUUCGCGCUGCCCGCCCUCCUGCUGCUCGGCGCCUACAGUGGCAUCUUCCUCGUGGCGCGCCGCGCGGCCCUGCGGCCCCCGCGACCCGCGCGCUUCUCCCGGCCGCGAUCCGACUCUCUGGAUAGCCGCCUCUCCAUCCUGCCGCCGCUCCGGCCUCGCCUGCCUGGGGGCAAAGCCGCCCUGGCCCCGGCGCUGGCCGUGGGCCAGUUUGCAGCCUGCUGGCUGCCUUACGGCUGUGCGUGCCUGGCGCCCGCCGCGCAGGCUGCAGUGGCCGAGGCGCCCGUCACCUGGGUGGCCUACUCGGCCUUCGCGGCUCACCCCUUCCUGUAUGGCCUGCUGCAGCGCCCCGUGCGCAGGGCACUAGGUCGCCUCGCCCGUCGGGCACUGCCUGGGCCCCCGAGGGCCUGCACUCCGAGGACCUGGCACCUGCGGGCGCUUCUGCAGCGCCUCCCGGGCUGGUCACAGAGCCCUGCCCGGGGCCCUUCCGGAGCACCAGAACAAGCCCCAGAUUUGCCAAGAGGGGGGAGAGCCUGA